AACAGAAAUCGUGUGUUGGAUGAUAAUGGCUUGAUGGGAUAUCUGUGCCAUGGGCACGAAGUGGAAGGAGACGGAGCAGACGAAAGGGAACGAUGGUGACAGAUCACACCAGGACUCAGCGAGUAUUGCGGAUGUGUCUGUGGAAGUGGCCACCGUGGACAACACCCUCCGGAAGCUGCGCAGGAUGUACAGGAAGACGAGGCGGAAGCCCAAAGGACUCAAGAGGCUGUGGGCCUACCUGCUGAACGUGCCUCACAUCACAACCAUCACCGCGGCCGUGCUGUUUGUGGUGGUGGUGAUCAUAUGGUCGCUGCUCUGGGUCUUUAUCUUCCGCAGGGAAAGCUACAGCGGAGCGUAUUUUGCUGGGAUGUUCCGUGUUGCCAACGUAGAGUUCAUCCCAGAGUACCGCCAGGCGGAGUCCCAUGAGUUUGUAUCUAUGGCAACCAAAAUUCAACAUGUGGUGAGCUCUGUGUACAAGACGUCCUCAGUGGCCAGACUCUACAAGCAAUCGGUCAUUUCAGACCUCAGUAACAACAACAAGGGCGGAGUGUUGGUGCAUUUCUGGAUGGUGUUCAUCGUCCCCCAGAUGAAGACCACAGCGAUGCGGGAAGAUUUCAUAGAGGCCAUUCUCAGAGAUUCAAUCAACACCAGCCUGAAGAACCGGUCUUCUGUGGGCUUCCUGCAUGAACUUCCAGUUGACAUGGACUCCAUCCUCAUCAACGGAGUUCAGCGUUCAGAUUAUUCAUCAAACACAGCAGACUCGCAGUGCGUUGAUAAGCUGUACGCCAACCUCCCAGGAGCCAGCGUCCCGCUAAACGUCUACUCAUCGUGGGGAGGUGUGAACUGCCACGUGAAGCUGACUGCAGUGCCCGGCUCGCUGAUCCGCCUGACCGUCACCUCGUUCCUCAUUGAGCCCACUGGCUGUGUGAACGACGCCCUGACUGUGUACGACGCUCUGCUGCCCAUGAGAGGGCGCAUUCUGCACAGGCUGUGUGAGCCGGCGUCCAGCUCCUUCUCCAUCGUCUCUACCUCCAACGUCAUGCUGCUGUCCUUCAGGAUGACCAGUGGCAACAAGAGCUUUAAAGGACACUUUGAAGCCAUUGCUGAGGAAAUAUGUAUGUCCCAAAUUGAGACCAAGUUGGAGCCUGAUAUCAGUGGUCGAAUCUACAGCCCAUUCUACCCGAGCCUGCUGCCUCCACAGUGUUCCUGUAGCUGGAGGUUUAAGACUCCAAACUCUAAAUUAGGCGUAGCUCUGCAGUUCGAGAACUACGCGUUGAAACCUGAGGACAUAAAAGGUUGCGAUAGUGGCUGGUGGAGGGUCAACGAAGUCAUAUUCUGCGGCAUGUACGUAGGACACCACACCGUGUUUCGGAUCCCCGACCACAGUCCACAGAUGGAGUUUCGCUGCAGCUCACCUAACUCUGCUCAACCUUUCCAGGCCUCAUACCACAGUUACAACAUCAGCCAGCCGUGUCAAGAAGGCCAGUUCUUGUGCACCACUGGACUCUGCGUGGAGAAGAGUCGACUUUGCGACGGCCUGGAUGACUGCCAGGAUGAGAGUGAUGAGGUCUUCUGCUCAAGACCCACAAUAACCUGCAGCACUAAAAGACCUCCACACCCUUUGUUUGUAUGUAAUGGAGAGAUGGACUGCUCUGAUGGAGUCGAUGAGAUAAACUGCACACAAGAAACGAGCUGCUCGGCGAUCAGAUACCAGUGCAGGAGCGGAUCCUGCAUCCUGAAGAAAAAUGCAAAGUGUGACGACGUCCCCGACUGUCGGGACAGCAGCGACGAGGAUGACUGUGCCUGUGGUCUCCCCUCCCCGCUGAGGAAGGUGGGCUCUACGUCAGGCCUGGAUCGGAUUGUGGGCGGGGUUAACUCUCACGAGGGGGAGUGGCCUUGGCAGGUCAGCCUUCACUUUGCAGGCAGCUUGUACUGUGGCGCUUCUGUCCUCUCCUCUGAUUGGCUCGUCUCAGCUGCCCACUGCUUCAGAAAAGAAAGCCUCUCUGACCCUCGCUCCUGGAGUGCUCACCUCGGCAUGCUGACGCAGGGCAGUGCCAAACACGUUGCAGAGAUCCAGAGGAUUGUGGUGCAUGAGUACUACAAUGCGUACACUUUUGACUAUGACAUCGCCCUUCUGCAGCUGAAGAGGCCCUGGCCUCCCUCCCUCUGGCCGCUGGUCCAGCCUGUGUGCCUGCCCCCUUCAUCCCACACCGUCACAGACACACACCGCUGCUUGGUGACCGGGUGGGGAUACCGAUCUGAGGAAGAUAAGGUGCUGCCCUCUGUGCUCCAAAAGGCAGAGGUGUCCAUAAUGAGUCAGACCGAGUGCAAAAAGAGCUACGGACCAAUCACCCCACGAAUGCUGUGUGCCGGCCUCCCCUCCGGAGAGAGGGACGCCUGCAGGGGGGAUUCAGGAGGUCCUUUGUCCUGCCAGGCCUCAGACGGGGGUCGCUGGUUCCUCAUAGGGAUUGUGAGCUGGGGGUCCGGCUGCGGCAGACCAAACCUGCCUGGGGUCUACACCAGGGUCACCAAGUUCACCUCCUGGAUCUACAGCCAUAUUACUCCGUCUUGCUCGGUGUUCUUCCUGGGCAGCAGCGUAGAGUUCCCAAACCUGACCUUCUCAUUAGAGCUGAUCGACCCCGCCUCCCCUCAGUUCCGCCUGCAGGCUCAGGCUUUGGACCAUUAUUUCUCAAAACUCUACGACUCUACCCCGUGGAGGUCUUACUACCUGCGCUCAGGAAUUACUGCCUUCAGUGAAGGAGAGGAGGGGCUCGGUGUUUUCUACUGGAGUAAAUUUUCAGCCCCCCACAAUGUGGCCCUGGAAAUCCAGAGCUCCAGCCCAGAGAGGCUGCAGCGGAGGCUCCCCGGCACCAACAAGGUGGUGCGGUACAGCCGCAACAAGCAGCACUACUACAUGGAGCAGGAGGACGACACGCUCCCCCUGCUGGACUUGGACUCUGAUGAUUCUGAUUCAGAAGACAGAAUAGACAAAAUGAAAAACCCAAAUAGCAUCCAGGGAGGAAAAUGGCAGCUUGGGUUUCAAGCAAUAUCUUUUGAUCUCUACGCUAAAUAUGGGAACAACCGAACUCUGAGUCUUGUGAGUCCCAAGAAGCCAUACUACCAGUGGCGUCUGCGCGUGCCCUCGGGUCACGUUGUGCGUCUGGUUGUCCUGACGCUUCAGGGCGCCACGCCUGGAAGCUGCACAGCCCACAAACUCUCUGCCUAUGACUUCCUGCUUCCUUUGCAGAACAAGAUCAUUGCCAGAUGGUGCGGGCUGCCGGUCUCAGGCUCAUCUCCAGUCAUGAAGCUGACCUCCUCGGGGAAUGUGAUGUUGGUCACCUUCUCCUUCAGCAGGCAGAAAGAUGGAGCAAUCUUCAAAGCUUACUUUCAAGCCAUCCCAAAAGCAGGCUGUGGAGGCUCAAUUUCUUCAUGGAACGGCUCCAUUUCCUCACCUUACUACCCCUCCUUUUAUCCUCCUAACAUAGACUGCACAUGGACUCUACGGGUGCCUGUGCCCGGAUAUCUGAUUUCGAUGACAAUCGUGACUUUAGACAUUCAAGAUUCCCCGUCGUCUGAUAGCUGUGAGAAGGACUGGCUGGACAUUGCGGGGGUUAAACUGUGUAAUCCCCUGUCAGAGAGCGGCAGAAAGAGAGUGUACUCCUCUCCUCUCUCCAUCCACUUCCACUCUGAUGAAUCUCUCACCAACAAGGGCUUCUACUUGCUGUACCGAGCUUUCUCUCCAGAGGGCACUUGCCCUCGCCAGUUUCGCUGUGGAGAUGGACGCUGUAUCCCUCUGAGGAAGGUCUGCGAUGGAGUGAAGGAUUGCUCAGAUGGACGGGAUGAAGCUAAAUGCUCAUCCUGCAGGCCUGGGGAAGUGCUCUGUGGGAACGGUCAGUGCAAACCUCAGAGCAGCCAGUGUGUUGGUCAGAGCAGCUGUGCAGAUAGCAGUGAGGAAGGCAGCUGUGAAGUUAAAUGCUACCACGUUUGUCCCAACAAGGUGUGUUUACCAAAGUCAUCUGUGUGUGAUGGUGUGGUCGACUGCAAAGACCGCAGUGAUGAACUGAACUGCACCAGAGCAUAUCUCAAGAGUUGCUCCGUGGCGUCCUAUAAAUGUGCCAAUGGAAAAUGUGUCAGCAAGGUCAACCCUGAGUGUGACGGGGUUAAAGACUGCUUCGACAGCUCUGACGAACUGCGCUGUGGGUGUGGCACCAGGCCUAAAAAGCGGACUAAGAUAGUGGGGGGGUCUGAUGCUGUGCUGGGGUCGUGGCCCUGGCAGGUCAGCCUACAGAUGGAGCGCUACGGCCACGUCUGUGGAGCCACGCUGGUUUCCAAUCGCUGGCUCAUCUCUGCAGCGCACUGCUUCCAAGACUCUGAUGCCAUUAAAUACUCUGACGCUCGUGCUUGGCGGGCUUACCUCGGCAUGCGUGUGAUGACCAGAGGAAGCCACGGAGGAGCGACCAGACUGAUCCGUCGGAUCCUCCUCCACCCCCAAUACGACCAGUUCACGUCUGACUACGACAUCGCCCUUCUGGAGCUCAGCGCUCCAGUUUUCUUUAAUGACUUAGUGCAGCCUGUGUGUGUUCCUGCCUCCUCACACACCUUCACCACCGGGACAAACUGCUUUGUCACGGGAUGGGGCGUUCUCAUGGAGGACGGUGAACUGGCGUCUCGUUUACAAGAAGCUUCAGUGAAAAUUAUUAAUAGAAAAGUCUGUAACAAGCUGUACGAUGAUGCUGUUACUCCCAGGAUGCUGUGUGCAGGAAACCUGCAGGGAGGUGUGGACGCCUGCCAGGGGGAUUCAGGAGGUCCGCUGGUGUGUCUGGAGCGAGGAAGACGGUGGUUCUUGGCAGGGAUUGUCAGCUGGGGCGAAGGCUGUGCGAGGCAGAACCGCCCCGGCGUCUAUACCCAGGUGGUCAAAUUCACCGACUGGAUCCGCCAGCAGACCAAAGGUCAGGUCUGACAAAACAUGAGACUCUGACGAGGAAAUAACUUCAACAGACAGUGGUUUGAGUACUGACGACACAUUUUUGUUCAGUCACUUUUUGGGAAUUUGUUCAGUGCUGCAAACCAAUCAGCAUCCUCACAAUCUGCAAGAAACAAAAUGUUGACAUGCACAAACAUUUAUUUUAUACUUGAUUAGAUUGGCAAAUGAACUUAAAACAGGGUAUCAUAAACACAACAUCAAAAUGUUACAGAUAGUUUGGUUUUUUGGAAUGGGGUUCUGUGGAGAGGCUAAAGUAGUCAGUAUCUUUCUUGCAGAAAAUUUUUCUGAACAACCUGAGUUUGCAGAAACUUUACUGCAAACUUGCAAAGGAGUUUCUAUUGUAUGUCUUUGUUGUUUAGUUUGUAUGAAAAAAGAGUGCUAUGUCUGAAUAUGGAAGAAAUUUCUCACUACUCAUGUUGUCUUGAGUCCAUGUUGUCUUGUUUCUUAUUAAAACAUUACGCCUCGCUGUCGCUCAGCUCCUCCUGCUGCAGUUGCUGAUAUUUUUUCUUAUCAUGUAAACUAGUCUCUGCCAAACUUGAAUGAUCAGGAUAGAUAUUUUCCAGUGAAUACAAUCUACAUCGUUUCUAUCAAAAUCUCAUCGAAGCCUAUUUUAACGAUCAUCGUCAAUUCUCAUCUUGUCAAUAUUCAAAAUAUGUUUUUUUCCCCCAAAUUAAAGGUCAUUUCUUGUAUUUAAUGUGAAAAAGUCAUCACCAGAUGUUCAUCUAUAGAUUCGUUUGGGUACUGUAAUGUUACUACGAUAACUGAUGUACUGUUUUCUUUUGUAAUUUUUGUUUGUUUGUGAUUUUGCAGAAACUUGAAAAACUCUAACAGCUACGUUAACUUAAAUUCAAUUUCUUCCGUCUUAGCUUUGAUUGGAAAGAAAUUCAAAAUCCAGUACUUCGUGGAAACAUUAUUUUAUUAUUUAUUUACAUGUCUUGAAAAUGAAUAUGUUGGUAAUUAUGAAACUUUGUUGUUGCAUUUGACAGUUUUUAUUCCAGCAGAAGUCUGUGAUGACCUCCCCACAGAGCCCAACAUGAAAUAUCUAAAUAGUCCCUUAAGCUUUGAAUUUGGUGUGUAUUAUUAUCGAUUACACUGCACAGGUCAAUAUUUUAGCUAUGAUAAAGAAAUUAAUAUAAAGUUAUAUGCUAAAACAUAUGUAGCUCUCAAUAUUUCAACAAGGAGAUUGUGACAAAACCUCAAAUAUAUUGGAAUACAUGGAUGUAAUAAAUAGUAACUUUAAAUGACUUUACUACGCAAUAGCCAAGAUGCUUCGUUUGAAUGUUUUUGUUGCUUAGUUUAUAUAAUAUGAAGCUACUUUUGCCAUAUUUGUAAUUAAAGUGCAUCUCCUACAAGCAAACAGCUUGAGAUGGAAACAAAAACCCCAGCAGAUGCUCGGCUCUUAUAUGGAAGAGAUUUAUCACCGCUCAGCUUGCUUGUAAUGUCUGUUUCUUAUUAAAACAUUCACACCUCACUGUCCCUCUGAUACAGGUGCUGGUAUUUUGCAAUUGGCACCUGAAGUGGUGUCUGCCAAGAGAGAAUCAUCAGGAUAGACGUUUUCCAGUAAAAACACGACUCUCCAUUCCUUUUGAUUCUGUCAAAAAUUUUAAAAAAAAAUUAUUACAAAUUGUUUAUUCACUCUUAUGUGGAAAAAGUCGUCUCCAGAUGUGCUUAAUCUACACUUGUCUGCGUACUGUAAUAUUACUGUGUACUGAUAACUUCCUGUACUGUAUAUUUGUUUGUGCGUUGUGUAUAUGUGUACCUGAGCCAUAGCUACAUGUUGAAUAUACUCUGUAAAUGCAGGAGGAAGCUGAUAAGAAGAGCAUGUCUGCCACCCUGUAACUUAUUUUAUCUUUAAAAACAACAAUUAGUUGCUGCUUAAAAUGAAGUAAAAUCAGAAGUG